AUGGAGCGGAGUGCAGGAGCCCAGCUGUUGCUGCUGCUGUGGGCGAUGCGCUGCGGGCAGACAGCGGCGGAUGCGCCCACUGGCUUCACGUCCGUCAUCGAGGUGACCAAUGGGGGCCCCUGGGGUGACUGGGCCUGGCCGGAGAUGUGUCCCGAAGGAUUCUUCGCCAGCGGCUUCUCGCUCAAGGUGGAGCCCCCCCAAGGCAUUCCUGGCGACGACACCGCUCUAAAUGGGAUCCGGCUGCACUGCGCUCGGGGGAACGCGGAGCGCAACACGCACGUGGUGGAGUCCCAGUCUGGAAGGUGGGGCGCCUGGAGCGAGCCCCUGUGGUGCCCUGGCGGGGGCUUUCUGGUGGCCUUCUCGCUCCGCGUGGAGGUCCCCAAGACCCCCGGGGACAACACGGCGGCCAACAACUUGCGUGCCCGCUGCUCGGACGGCACGGAGCUGGAGGGGCCUGGCCUGACCUGGGGAGAGUUUGGAGACUGGAGCGUCCCGUGCCCCAAAGGCGUGUGCGGCCUUCAGACCAAGAUCGAACAGCCUCGAGGCAUCCGCGACGACACUGCGCUCAACGACGCGCGCAUGUUCUGCUGCCGGAGCUGA